GGGGGCAACCUAACUUUUGUAAACACAAAACAGCUGUUUCUGUUCCUGGUCGAUAUUAUUUAAAAGGUAUACUUAUUUUUAAAGUAAUAAUUUACUACCAGUUAAUUAAAGUAAUGACAAACGAGGAAAAUCAACUGAAAAAACGAAAAGUUGUUCAUAAAAGUGAUAAAACUGCCGAAACAGUUCCUGAUAAGAAUAAAACAUUAGGAUCUCUGCCAACAUUCCCAAAUCAAAGAUUAUGGAGUCGCUCAGUAUUAAUAAUUGGAUUAUUACUAUUUAUAUGGUACAAAUCCAGUAGUAAAAACGGAAAUAUCACAUUGGCAAAACAAAGUGAAAUAUUAGCAAAUAAAGGUAGCAUGUUUGAUUGUGAUGCUGAUUAUUCAAAAGAAGUCACCUCUUAUCCAGAAUGUAUCCCUAAUGUAUGUGGAAGACUUGUUACUGAUAAACUUAUAACUGGCACUGAAGCCGAUAUGCUACAUAAAAUUGCACAAAGAGGAUUUGCUUUGGGAGGUUCUGAUGGUGGAGCAUCUAUUUUUGAUUUGCAUUCGGGAGCAUUAUCAUUCAAAACUAAAUUCGUUAAUGUCUUGGCACUUAAUGAAUCAAAACGAAUUUUAAGUCCUAUUGAUGUUUCAACUUACAAACUAGUAAUGAAUAAGAUAAAAGGGGCUGUUGUACACGCUUUCAAAAUAGAUCCUCAUAGUCUGUAUCUUACUAAGCCAACAUUUUUUUCCAAAUUAACUAACAUUCCACCAGUUACUGAGCAUGACAAAUAUUGGAUGCCUCAUGUUGACAAAGAAACCUACGGUUCAUUCCAUUAUACAUCACUUUUAUACCUUUCUGAUUUUGGUAUGGAUUUUAAAGGGGGUAGAUUAACAUUUAUUGAUAAACAAGCAAACGUCACAAUCGAACCCAGAAAAGGGCGAGUGGCUAUUUUUACAUCAGGUGCAGAAAAUUUUCAUUUUGUAGAAAGAGUUAGUGAAGGAACAAGGUAUGCUAUAACUAUCUCAUUUACUUGUAACAAGUUUGAGAAGAACGAUCAACAAAUUUUAGGAUUCAAUUUGUAAAACUGGUUUUAUGUAUGCAUACAGUGUGAUAUCUAGUUUUUAUUAAUUAGCAGUAGAAAAGUAUUUUUAUGCAAAAUACAUUCUUCUGAUAAAAA